CCAUGCAACAACAGUUGUUAUCAGGCCUCCGUACCUUCUUGAAAGUGUACUCAACAAUCUCCCUUGCAAAACUUGCAAGUUACAUGGAAGUGGAUGAACCCACCUUAAGGACUAUCUUGACGACAUAUAAGCAUAAGACACAUGCUGUUGAUAGCGAUGGAAAAAUUACAUCAACUGCAGAUGUGGAUUUCUAUAUUGAUGAUGACUUGAUUCAUGUUGUGCAGUCUAAACCUGCCAAACGUUAUGGUGAUUACUUCUUGCGGCAGAUUGUCAAGCUUGAAGGGGUGAUCAAUGAGAUGGACGCGAUAAAGCUGGAGUGAGUUGUUGCCUAUUAGCACUUAAAUUGACUUCAUAAGUUAUCCUUUUUGCUUCCCUGUUUUACUUUGAUUAUCAGGCUGAAUUUUUCCUGAGGAGUCAGUGUGUUGUUUGGAUGUGGAGGAUGUAGUUAGCAUUCUAAAUGUAAUUCUAAUUUUUCUUAACUUAAGUUGUUUUAUCUUAAGAAAUAACCCAUCCAUUUAUUGUUCCAAAAAAA